AAAUCUACACACACAAACAAAAGGAUUAUGAGUAGCAGACCAGAAAUUAUGAGGAAUUCUUGGAAGACAGGAAAAGCAGGUGCUAUCAGAUUAGUUAAUUCAGAUAACUCAAAACACCUGCAGUAGAAAACCAAGCAUGUGCAUAGAAACUUGAACAGUUACACUGCAGAAGGUCCCCAGGUCAACCAUGUGAUUAAAGAGCUACUAUGAACAGCAGAUGUUUUAUCUGCCCUGCUCUGAAAUGUCCCCAAACCCUACUUAAAUUAGAAGUAAGCACUUGUAGGGGCGCCUGGGUGGCGCAGUCGGUUGAGCGUCCGACUUCAGCCAGGUCACGAUCUCGCGGUCCGUGAGUUCGAGCCCCGCGUCAGGCUCUGGGCUGACGGCUCGGAGCCUGGAGCCUGUUUCCGAUUCUGUGUCUCCCUCUCUCUCUGCCCCUCCCCCGUUCAUGCUCUGCCUCUCUCUGUCCCAAAAAAAAAAAAAAAAAAAAAAAAGAAGUAAGCACUUGUAGUAUUGGACCUUUAGGCUCCCCAAACUACACUCCAAAGACAGUGAAUGAGGUUGAGACAAAUGCAGACCUGCACAAAAGAAGGGAUAAAACAGAAGCACACAUCUACCUAGAAGGGACAAAUAACUACUUUUCCAUCAUCAGAAAUGCCAUUUUUGUUUUGGCAAGAGGAAGGGUCCCUACCCUACCUACAAGCACCCUGCCAUGUACCCCCAAAGAGGAGACUACUACUUUAUAUUGACAUACUGUGCAAUCCCGUUCCAAGGAAAAGCCUAUUAGUGAAAUGGACAUCACAACUGUACAUCAGAUACAUGCUGAUUAUGUAGGCUAAUCAAAUGUGCCCUUUAUUCCUAAAUAUGAAAGGACAAAGUUUGGGAAAUAUUUGAGGAAGGUGAAAGAGAAGAUCAUAAACAGAGCAAUUUCUGAGGUUAAAAAAAAUACAGGAAACAGAGUUACCAAAAAAGCCAAAUUCAUACUCAGAAUUUUGAGAAUUUGAAUAAGAAUGUGAAUUGAAUAAAACUAUGAAUUUGAAUAGGAAUAUGAAUUUGAAUAAGAAGGCUGAGAAUAUUUGAAUAGGAACAGGCUGUAAUAAAAGGGAUCCAUUCAAGAUCCCUUUUUUAUACCAAUAAAAUUAAGUAAUUGUAAAACGGACACAUUAUUGCAAAAUUAAAAUCUUAAACCCCAGGGGGCGCCUGGGUGUCUCAGUCGGUUAAGCAUCAUGAUCUCAGAGUUCUUGGGUUCAAGCCCUGCACUAAGCUGUGUGCUGACAGCCCAGAGCCUGGGGUCUGCUUCGGAAUCUGUGUCUCCCUCUCUGCCCCUCCAUCUUUCCCUUGCUUGCUCACUCACUCUGCUUCUCAAAAAUAAAUAAACAUUAAAAAAAAAAUUCUUAAACGGUGCUCAGCGCAGGGUCUCCCUGCCUCACUUAGGCUCCACCCGAACCUGGAACAGAGCAUGCGCGGCCCCGCCCCACCCCUUAUCCCCCUUCCCCCAAACCGGAAACUCGCCCCCGUUUCCUGUAACGGACCCCAGUUCCGGUUCUAUCCCAGAGCUGUUGCUGCGUCCGAACCCAACGGACGCUGCCUAGAGGUCUCCAUUGCCACUGAGUGCCUCUGGCUUCUCUCGCCAUUCAAGCUGGGCAAUCUUCGGGGCCGCCGCCGCCUUCGGCCUCGCCACUGCCUGUUCCGGGGUCCUCGCUUCAGAGUUGCCUUGACCUUGGGGCCAGCGCCGCCAACCAUGGCCACCGCGCCGUUCUCUCAAGUGUGCCAGAACUACCACCCCGAAUGCGAGGCCGCCAUCAACAGCCAGAUCAACCUGGAGCUCUACGCCUCCUACGUGUACCUGUCGAUGGCUUUCUAUUUCGACCAUGACGACGUGGCCCUGGAGAAUGUCUCCAAGUUCUUCCUGCGCCAGUCCCACGAGGAGAAGGAGCGUGUCGAGAAGCUGAUGCAGCUGCAGAACCAGCGUGGGGGCCGCAUCCGCCUCCACGACAUCAUGAAGCCUGACCGCGACAACUGGGAGAGCGGCCUGAAGGCCAUGGAGUGCGCCUUUCACCUGGAGAAGAGCGUGAACCAGAGCCUGCUCGACCUGCACCAGCUGGCCACCGACAAGAACGACGCCCAUCUGUGCAGCUUCCUGGAGACCAACUACCUGCACGAGCAAGUCAAGGUCAUCAAAGAGCUGGGGGGCUACAUCACCAGCCUGUGCAAGAUGGGGGCCCCGGAAGAUGGCUUGGCAGAGUACCUCUUUGACAAGCUCACCCUGGGCAACAGCGACAAGAACUGAGUUGGGACUGCCUUCCCAUAGCCACAGGGUGCAUGGUAACUUCCCCUGGUCACCAUGCCGAGCAUGCAUUUUGCAGUAUUGCACUUGCAAAACGUUCCAGUUUUCUUUCUUCCAGUUUUGCCAUAAAGUUACUUGGUUGCAAUAAAGUUAUUUUGUUCCUAAAUAAAUAAAGGUCUCUGGUUGAUGUGUAUGCACAUCUUUCACCUUUUAAGUUUUAUAGUAGGUAUCCAGGAGUCUCUCCACCCACCCAACCCUAUCCAUAUGCAGCUGAGGAUCUCCAGAAAUGGAGGGAGAAGGUAUUCCAUGGGACCCUGGAAAACACAAAAUUAAUCUUCCUCUCAUAAGCAGUGUGGGUGGUGGUGGUUUAGAGCCCUGAAGAAUGUGGGAACCUAUGCAUAGUAAAAGUAUAAAAACAUUGCCUGAAAGUUAUGACUGAGGUUGAUCUGGGGAAAGAGUGAAGGAAAUGGGAUUGGGCAGGGAUUAAAAUAAAGGAGGUCUUCUACUUUACCCUAAAAACUUUUACUUUAUCAAAAUAAGUAAAUACUAAUAUUUUUUGAUUCUAGAUAGCAAGAAAGGGACCCCAGAAGCCAUUAUGGCAGAGAACCUCUUUAACAAGCUCACUGUGGGCAAUAGUGAUAAGAGAAACUUAAUCUUAGGCUGGCUUCCUACUGGAUAUGAGAGUGAUUUGCCUUUGGUCCCCUGUGCAGGACAUGCAUAUUGUCAUUAGAAAACUUUCACUUCCCCUUAUGAAUAGUGUGGUUAUGUGGUUUGGGGUAAGAUGGGUGGUUUGGGGCACUGGUUGCUGUAGAUGGAUGUAUAUGGUAAACGUAUAGAAAAAACAUGGUCUAGAAUUUAUAAAUAGUGGUUGCUUCUGGGAAAGAAUUGAAAAAUGGGAUUGGACAGGGAUUAAAAUAAAUGGAGCCUUCAACUUCAUCUGAAGUUUUUAGCUGAUUAAGUCAUACAAAUGUUAAUGUUUAUUGUUUGUAAGUAACAACCUGGGGACCCUGGAAACUGGCAGAGUGGAGUAACUGAUUGGCAGGUUCACCCUUGUUGUCAGUGACUAUGGGAACUGUGUUUUAGGUUUGCUUCUCUGGAGACACAGGUGCAACUUCAAAUGGCCACCAGUACCAGGCAUGCAUGCUGCCAUCAGAAAACCUCUAGUUUUGGGGGUUUAUGUACACUUUGUAAUAAACCCUGUUCAGUAUAAGGGUUGAAAAUUUAACAAAGAUGCUGAACAUCAAAAUAUUUGAGAAUGACUGUGAGGUAAAUUGAAUCUUCUAGAAAGAAAUAAUUCAUAAUCAUAAUAAUUCAUAGUCAUAGAAGAACCUUCUAUAAUAACAAGCACUCAGUAGAAAUUCCAGAAGGAGAAAACAAGAGUUUGUGUAGAGUGGUAGACAAUAAUCAGGAAAUAAUUUUUCAAAAUACUAUAAUCUCGGGGUGCCUGGGUGGCUUGGUCAGUUAAGUGUCCAACUCUUGAUUUUGACUCAGGUCAUGAUUUCAUGGCUUGUGAGAUCUAGCCCCACAUCAGGCUCUGUACUGACAGCAUGGGGCCUGCUUAGGAUUCUCUCUCUCCCUCUCUUUCUCUGCCCUUCUGCUCACGUACAUGCGUGUACUCUGUCUCUCAGAAUAAAUGUUAAAAAAAUACUAUAAUCCAAAUACUAUUACCAUGUAUAUUUCCUCCUUUAAUCUACUAGUGUUCUGAAUUACAUUAACAGAUUUUCCUGUGUGGAAUUAUUUUUUAUUCCUGGAAUGAAACUUACUUGAUCACUGUUGAUUUGUUUUACUAUAAUUUUUUGAGAUAUGA